AGAAGAAGCCCGACAUCACAACAACACUGCUAGCUAGUAACGUUAGCUCAAAGAAGAGCGACGUGUAUUUUUUUCUGCUAGUUGGGAACUUAUUAACAGGUACGCUGGAAUUUUCUGACACCCACUCGGACAUGUCCUAUGUCUUCAUCAACGACUCGUCGCAGACCAACGUGCCGCUGCUGCAGGCCUGCAUCGAUGGAGACCUGCCGUUCGCCAAGCGGCUCCUGGAGACGGGGUGCGACCCCAACAUCCGGGACAACCGGGGCCGCACCGGCCUGCACCUAGCUGCCGCCCGGGGCAACGUGGACAUAUGCCGCCUCCUGCACAAGUUCGGGGCCGAUCUGUUGGCGACCGACUAUCAGGGAAACACGGCGCUGCAUCUGUGCGGUCACGUGGACACGAUACAGUUCCUGGUUUCCAACGGGCUGAAGAUCGAUAUCUGUAACCACAACGGCUCGACCCCUCUGGUGCUGGCGAAGAGACGCGGCGUCAACAAGGACGCCAUCCGCCUGCUGGAAGGCCUGGAGGAGCAGGAGGUGAAGGGCUUCAACAGGGGACCCCACUCCAAACUGGAGACCAUGCAGAUGGCCGACAGCGAGAGUGCGAUGGAGAGCCACUCCUUACUCAACCCCAAUCUGCAGAGCAGCGAGGGCGUCCUGUCCAGCUUCCGCACCACCUGGCAGGAGUUCGUGGAGGACCUGGGCUUCUGGAGGGUGCUGCUGCUGCUGGUGGUCAUCGCCCUGCUCUCCCUGGGCAUCGCCUACUACGUCAGCGGGGUCCUGCCGUUCUCCACCAGCCAGCUGGAGCUGGUGCACUGAGGGAGGUUGAGGGGAGCGGAACGAGUUUACCGGAGCCGAAAUCCAGAUUGUUGUUUCAUUUGCAGCCCAGAAUCUGUUUUUUUUUCUUGUUUAUCCAAACUGUAUUGUUUGAGGAGGGGCGAGUAUUUCUAAAAAGCAGCGAUCCAAAAGAAUCCAUUCAUACAAACAACGCGCACGCUUGAGGCGAUUUAGCAGGAGGACCCAGGAGGUGUCUCACACUAAACACAUAAUGUUGGUCUUGUUUUUAAAUAUGGUGUAACAUAUCAUAUCCCCCUUUUUUUUUAAAAUGAGAUCGCUGCUUCUGGAAGGGAGCGAGUGAGAUAAUACGUUGUAGUUUUGUUUUUAACGCCGUUUAUCGAUGACAUUUCCUUCUUCUUUAUUCUCCAUUUCAAUCUGUGUCUUCUGUUACAAGCUGUAUAUUGCCAUUGUUUUGUACCUUUUCCUUUCUUAUUGGUCCGAUCUUUCAACUGUGUUAUUUAUCAGAUGUUUUCACACGUUCUUUUUUUUCUUUUUCAUUUUUUCACUGUAUACUGUGUCACCGUUGAGUUUUCACCCUUCAUCGUCUCCCAGCCGGGGGACAGUUUAGGACUUCGGGGUGACUCGACGAUGCAUAACUCAUAACCGGUGAGAAAGCACCUCGACGUGUGCCUUUUUGAGAAGGAACGCUUCCGGCUUUGCAACGUCCCGUUAAAGACAUUCCCUCCAGGAGCAUGCGACUCUAUUGCAUUUACAUCUACCCUGUUAUAUAUAAAUAUAUAUAUAAAUAUUUAUAUAUAAAUAUUUAAAUUGUAUAUAUUUAUAUUAUAUAUAUAUAUAACAUAAAUAUAUAUAAUAUAAAUACUUAUAAUAUUUAUAUACAAUAUAAAUAUUUAUAUAUAUAUAUAUAUAUAUAUAUAAUAUAUAUAUAUAUAAAUAUAUAUAGAUCGGCACAAUGCUCAUAAACUAGGAUUGUAACAGCAGAUUAACAAUGUUUUGCUCUAUAUUCACUUUAUCUUACCUGUAACCCAUGUAGACUUGUAUGUGCUGUGUCUUUUCCCACCUGUUGGUUUUCUGUGUUCGACACCACAAGUGUGGAAAAAGAAUAAAGUUCAUGCUAUGUACGAUAA